CAACCAAUAACGUGGGAGUUUCACGGGCUCUGGUGUGUGGAAGCCUUUAGAGCCUUUAGAAAAGAAAGUGACAUGUGGUUUUGUAUGUACAAUGGGCAUGGAAAAUAGUUAAUUAUUGGUGUUCAUAACCUCUGUUAUCACAUUGAUACGGAACGUUAAGGACUUUGGUGUCCGAAACUAAAGUGUCAUGCGUAUACAAUCCGUAUUAAAAUUAGUGAACAUUCGCAUGAUAGUUUUUCGUAUACAAAUUCGUGAAGCUUGUCAGAAAAUGCAAAACGCCUAUAUACGUUGCCAAGAUGGAGAAGAUCAGUUUCAACUGUCGUUUCAACUCAGAAAUGGUUUGCUUGGGGUGGAUCGUCAGUUUAAUUUCAGUAGACAGUUAUCAGAGAAAGUAAAUGACUUACUAGCUCGAAUAAGCGCCAAUAUUGAAAGAAGGGUGAAUAAGAAAAAGAAGAGAAAGAAAGGAACUGGGGAAGAAGAAAAGCAAGAAGACGGUAAUAAAAUUGAAGUCAGUUUAUUUCGUGGUGGAGAGCUAGUUCCUGGUGACCAAAUGUGUAAGGACAUUAUAUUUGACAGUGAAUUAUAUCUGCAGAUACUAGAUACCAAGUUUUCAAUAAUCUUGAAUGCCCCAUGGGUUAGUUUGAUCAAACUUCCAAGUAACAUAAUGGCCGGGUUUCCUGUUUAUCCAUUAAAGGUGGAAGUGUUGUUUGCAGAUAAAUCUGAAUGCAGAUUUGUUUGGUAUAAGAAUACUACCAUUAAUCGUGGAAAAAAGAUACCAGAAGACUGGGUUGAAGUGGGUUCUGGGUAUUACUAUACACCCAGUACAUGUGACAUAGGUUGCCAUCUGAAGGUAGUUUGUGCACCGCAAAAUGGAAAUGUGUGUGGUCCUACAUUAGGAGCUGUAUCUAUAAAUCCUGUUGAGGCUGGACCAGGUGCAUGUCCAUUUGAGUUGAGACAUGUAUUCACAAAGGAAAGGCUUAAUGGAAGAAUGUUCCGUGUGGUGUCAUACAACAUUCUUGCUGAUUUAUAUGCUGACUCUGAAGUGUCACGCACACAGCUAUACCCAUAUUGUCCACCAUAUGCACUAAGUAUAGACUACAGAAAGCAGCUCAUUCUAAAGGAACUGUUAGGUUAUAAUGCUGAUAUAAUUUGCCUACAGGAAGUAGAUUCCAAGGUGUUUACAAAUGAUUUAAUUCCCACUCUGUCAUCUGUAGGAUUUAAUGGAGUAUUCCACAAGAAGGGUGGGGCUGUUUCAGAAGGUUUAGCAUGCAUAUUUCGUGAAUCAAGAUUUAGAUGUGUGUCAUCACAUGGUGUUCAUCUAGCUGAAGAACUAAAAUCAAACCCAUUAUUUGCUGACCUCUGGAAUAAAGUGAAAGAAAAUGAAGCUCUUGCAAAUCGAAUCCUGGAGAGGACAACCUGUUCUCAGUUUGUGGUGUUUGACAGUGUGGAUGAUUCAAAUGAGAGGAUUGUGGUUGCUAACACACACCAGUAUUUCCAUCCUGAUGCAGAUCACAUUCGACUCUUACAAAGUGGCAUCACUCUGAUUUACUUAGAGCAUCUUGUGGCAGAGGCAGCUGCAGAGAAGCAAGGUGGAAGGGUGUCUUGUAUGUUUUGUGGUGACUUCAAUAGCACACCUGACUGGGGUGUGUACAGGCUGAUAACAACACAGCAUAUACCUGAGGACUGUAUUGAUUGGACAAGUAGUAAGUCGAAUAAAGAUGAAGAAGUCAAAGAUGUUUCAUUAUCACAUUCACUCCUCCUAGCCAGUGCCUAUGGGAAAACAGAAUCCACAAACUUCACAGAGGGAUUCGUUGGUUGCCUUGAUUAUAUCUUCUAUCAGCAUGAUCAGUUGGAUGUUGCCCAGGUGGUUCCUUUACCCAGCACUGAAGAACUGCAGCAGCAUGUGGCUCUACCUAGUGUAGUGUUUCCUUCUGACCAUGUAGCACUGGUUGCAGACAUGUCUUGGAAACAGAUUUGAUUCGUUUUGUACAGUAGAAGUCUCUUGUAAUGAGAUGCAGAAUUGAUGCAGUAACAAAUACUUGUAGGCAGUUUAGAGGAAGAUGUGUAGAAAUCCUCCCAAGAAUCAAAAUAUUUGUAGUAAUUUCAUUGUGACUUACAAAAAUAUGGGAGUUUAUAAGGGAAUUAACAGUCAUUCUGUAAUACAUAAACGGUAGGAAGUGUUGGGUAAUUAACAAAUUACUAAAAGAACGUGGUUUUAUUUUUGAAACUUUCCUUGUAUUUUUACCCAUAUUAUACAUAUUUACAAAACUCCUAA